GAAUAAUUUUUUCGCUUUUACCAAAAUGACGCAAAUUUGCAAUGAAUGAAAAAUUGACCAUUUUAAUACGCGGUAUUCUAUUUUUUAACUGUAUACAGUAAAUUUACUGACAAUCUCGCGAUUGUAAUGUAAAAUGAACAGCCCUGGUCGCUUGAUACCUGAAGUUGAAUACUAUCACGGAUCCCGCUACAAGCUAGAAAACCGACUGCUCUCGCCUGACGAUGUGCGGGAACUUGGAAACGCUCUCGCCACCAACUCUGUCCGAGCACUUUCACUACAAGGAGUUCAAUUAGACGACCAAAGUUUCCGUCGAAUUUCCUCUUCAAUCGGGGUGUGCAGAUCUCUUUGCAAUUUGAACUUGAGUGACAAUGUUGUGACAUCAGCGCCGAGAGUCGAGGCACUUUGCGAGUGUCUGAACAUCAACAGAGGACUGACCGCUUUGUUUCUUCAAGGAAACCCUUUAGAAUCUCAGCAUGUAGCUCUCAUUUCAAAAGCUGUCAAACUGCACCCGACAAUUAGGACCCUGGAUUUGACAAACUGUUCACUUAACGACACGUCGCUUAGAUGUUUGACCAGUUUGCUUCCAUCAGAGAAAGGUCGAGACGCUCUGGAAGACUUGAGCAUCGGAAGCAAUCCUGAAGUUACGUCGAUUGGGUGGCAACACUUUUCGAUGGCCGUCGCGGACAACAGCUGUCUGCGGAGCUUACAGUUAUAUUUCAACAACAUCGGCGACCACGCAGCAUGUCUUUUGAUGGUGGCCAUUUCAGCCUCCAAAAGCAUAGUCAAUUUGGACCUUGAGAACACCAACAUCGGAGAUCGGACUGCGGAGACACUUUUGCAGCUGAUCACUGAUUUUCCAAACCAUCUUCGAGAUGUAAACUUGGCAGGAAAUAACAUCUCACGUGAUCUGCUGAUGAAAAUUAAGAACAGAAUGUCGAUCCAUCACGCGUUUCAAGGUGGUUCUCAGCCAGCAUUCAAUAACAAUUCUAGCGCCUCAACCAACUCCGAAGGUCCUUCGGCCCCCUACUACAUCCCAAGUCACGGGGUCACAAAUAGACCUCAAACUGUUCCGGAGUUAGACGAAGAAGAUUCGGAUGAGUUUGAAACCCCAAGAGAAAACGCCGACACUGCUCGUGCUCGGGACCUUUUGAGAAACCAGUUGCAACAGCGUAGAGAGGAUUCAAUGGAGCCAACUCUCCAGGAACUUGACAACAACAGGUCCAACUCUGUUCUAAGUUCAGACUCCAACGUUCCCGAGAAACCUCUAAGUCCACCCUUGACUUCACGCAGAAUCGGAACUUCGAUUCCCGGGUCUCGUAGAUCGAACCCACCGGUGGGACCAAAAUCCCCACAACUCCAAAUGGCAGACUCAGAGCGCAAAAAGUCACCAAAAAGUCUAGGCGCCACCCCCGAUCCAGAGCAAGAGGAUGUUUUUGCCGGAAUUCCAGACUCUCUUUUCAGAAAUAACGAAAGUCCGUUUUCUGAUGUUAUAAUUUCGGAUGGAGUGGCAAUGUUGGAGAAAGCUCACACAAUGCCGAAGUCGCCCGAUAUACCCGGACCAAACCCAGUCAAGAAUCCUGAAAACGUGCCUGGGACUUCAAGUGUAACAGAGGGAUCCCGAUCUAAUCUUGGAUCUGCAAAAAUCACAGAAAUCACGCGAGAUGAGUCGCCAUUGGAAAAAUCGGAAUCGAAAGACAGUGAAAACUUUCCAAGCAAAGUUUCUGUUGGAGAAGGAAAGGAAGAAGAUGGUGAUCUGUUGCUGAGAUCCAAUAGCACUACUAGAACAUACACCAAAAGCCCAGCCGCUGCAGUUGACCAGGAACAAUCAAAAAUUUCUUCAAGCAAGCCACAAUCUCCCACUAAUAGCACGUCAUCGAAAAAGCCGAGCUCGCAAGGCAGCCAAAAAAAGUCACCGUCGUUGCGCGCCGAGACAAUUCCAAGAAAAGACCCUCUUAUGCCUCCAGAUUCAUCACGUCUCCACGUAUCAAAAAGUUUAUCAUUCGAAAAAUCGUUAAAAAACAAAAACGCAAAAACAGGGUUGCAGAAAUCGUCAACCGAAGUUUCAAUAAAAAGAACUGCGAUUCCGAAAACAACGGAGUCAUUUCAGAAAGAGUCAGUAACCGCACAGAAAGAAAAAUCGCUUACAAAUGAUUCGUUGAAACGCGAAGCAUCAGAACUUUCAAACGCGUACCCCACCAUGAAUUUUGGCGUAAAAACAAGUGAUUCAAAUGCCAGUUCAAAAGAACCAUCUCAGGAGAAUAUUGAUUUUAAUGGAAACGAUUCGGUUGUGAUGGCUACCGGGAGUACCAAUUUUGGGGUCAAUUCUAAAAUGAAAGAUCCACGUCUGAACCAGCUGAAAAUGGGAAGUCGCAACAACUCGGCCUCUUCAACAAUUGCCAGCUCCUAUGCUGGAAUCCAAGGUGGGGCUGAAAACAGGGGAGCGGCCGGAGGCAGUGGGAACUUUGGAGUUUUGCCGAUUCAGGAAGUGGAUCUGAGCGACAAAAACCUAGGAGAUGUGUUACGUAAUAGCCAAGUUCCCGUUUCAAAUAGGAUGGUGGACCAUGGCUUGAACGGGGAGCUGGUGAAGACGCAGCGAGAUUUGUCAGAAGAGAGCAUCCCCAAAAGUCUGAAGAGCCUACUAAGCAGAAACAACACAGACGAACGAUCUGCAAGUGACAUAAACACAACUGAAGAGUUCGAUGAAAACCCAGGAAACUAUUUAUAUGCCAGUAGAGCCAAAUAAUUUCAACUCAAGAUAACGUUUUUUUUUUAAAAAACUAUUUCUCUGCUCUAUCUUAUGAUUUUCAAAUGAAGGCGUCCUCUAUUCGAGGGUGUAUUUUUUUAAAUAUUGAUAAGAAAAUACCUUUUUGAAUCAAGAGGAAGUAUGUUAGGUAGUUAAACGUUUCGCUAGAAAAACUUAUUUGCCGCUAUCACUUUUAAAGUAACUUAAGAUUGUUCUUACCUGUUUAACAUACAAAUCAAUGAAAUUUCACUUGUCAA